ACUAAAUUUCAUUGUACUAGACAUAUUUAUUCUAUUGUGCUAAUGUAUAGGUACCUACUAAUUUGAAAUAUAUUAAUUAUAAUAAUUGCAUAAGAACGUGUACUGUCAUUUAGUAAACGAGCUUACUAGUUCAUUUGCUGUGCUUUGGAGAAACGCCCUCGUAAAUUGCAGGUGUGAAGGGUGUUGGCGGAACGGAACAAGCGUGGGGCCAUGUUACGGUCCGACCCCAUGCUCACAUGUUCUGGUGGUUGUACUACACCACCGCGAACGUGUCUCACUUUACGGAACGUCCAUUAAUAAUAUGGUUGCAAGGCGGGCCUGGAAUGCCUUCAAGCGGCUACGGAAAUUUUCUGGAAAUUGGCCUUCUAAACAUAAACUUAACGGAGAAAGAUCACUCUUGGGUAAAACAUUUCAACAUUUUAUUCCUUGACAAUCCCGUAGGAGUAGGUUUUAGUUACUUUUCAAGUUCCUCCGUAAAAAUGGUGCAAAAUAAUAAAGAAAUCGGUCGGGAUUUAAUAAACUUCUUGAAAACAUUUUUAAGCGAGCACGAGGAAUUCCAGAAGAUUCCACUGUACAUUUUCGGCGAAUCGUAUGGAGGAAAAAUGGCCGUGGAAUUUGCGUAUCAACUUGUACAAGAAAUUAGGAGAGGCGAAGUGACUGUUCAUUUCAAAGGUAUAGGGCUCGGAGAUGCCUACAUUUCACCUAUUCACUACAUUUUAAAUUAUGGUUCAUUAGCGCUAAAUCUUGGACUCAUCGAAAAGAAAGAUUUUAAUGAAAUCAGCAAUUUGACGGAGGACGUAAAAGUGGCAAUCGAGAGAAGAGAUUUUCUGGCAGCGUCUGAUAUUGAAGCGAAAAUUACAGAUACCGUCAUUAAAGCAACGCAAGGAAUUGAUGUUUAUAAUAUCGUUCUUAAAUCGAACAUUUCUGCAUUGCCAAGGUUCCUCAGUUAUCAAGAUAGUUGUAAUCAGUUGAUGAAUACAAAGAUAAAGGAAUCUCUGAACAUUUCGGCGGAUAUUGAAUGGAAUUUCAUAAAUGACGACAUUUAUUCUGCUCUGCAGGGAGAUUUGAUGCGGCCAGUAACCGGAACUAUCGAAGCUCUCCUUAACGAAACGGAUAUUAAAAUUAUAGUCUACAACGGCGUGUUCGAUUUCCUGGUUAACACGGCGGGAACGGCAAUGUGGCUGGAUGAUUUAAAAUGGAAUCGAAGUUCAGAGUGGCAGGAAACUAAUAAACAACCUUUAGAAAUUGAUAUGGUAAAUGAAGCUUAUGUAAAACAAGUGGGAAACUUGGUCUUCUACACGGUACUUCGGGCAGGUCACAGUGUUCCAGUUGAUAACAUCCCGGCGAUGGAAGAGAUUCUUAAAAGGGAACUGCUAUACUCCUAGGUCACUAUUGUAUGAUGUAUACAGAUGUAAUAAAAUUAUUUUUCACGAG